AUGGCUGUGGAAAGAUUUCUUCUCGCUUCAAUUCUUGUAGCUGCAGUUGCAUCCGAAUCUGUUCAUUGGCAAUGGCGUGAAAUCCGUUGCAAGGAGAACGAAACGAACGAACAAGGUCAGGCAUCAGCUUGUGAACUUCAGUUGAAGGAACAUGAGAAUGAUGAGAAUCCUCGUGUGGUUCCAUUCAACACUUGUACUGAUGAGACAGUCAACGGAGAACUGAAGACUUACUGUGAUAUUCUGUGCCCAGGAGCGGACACUGCCUACAGAAUCACAAGAUGGCCACAACAACACAAGACAUGCUUUACCCAUACAACUUAUCGAUUGGAGAGAAGAGAGGACAACUUUUAUCUCUGGAGAUCUGGAGACUGCCGUUCCUCUACUAUCGGGUUCACAAUCCGUUGCGAAUUCAAGUCCCCACGUGACGAUUUCCUCUCCGACCAAGAGCUUUUCCGUGUUGCUAGAAGACUUACCUAA